GUGUAUCUGUAUGUGAAGCGUAACUGUAUGAUAGUGGACACUACGACGUGUGAACCUCACUAUAACCUGGUCUUGGAGACCAGGGUGUUUGAGAGACGCAGAUACACACUGAACACCCUGACAGACGUAGACAACUACUGGUUUGACCUGCUGUGUGUCUGCCUCAACACACCACUAGGUGUGAUCAGGAAGGAGCGGCCGAAGAAAAGCUCCACCUCCAAAUCCCAGGAGGAGGAGGAGCCAGUCAGGGUUCCCGUGGAGACAGACCGCCACAGGUUCCGCCACCUGGAACACAUGCUCAAGGGCAGCAGGGAGGUGUGUGAGGCAGCAGUAAUACCAGGUGAUAGUAAAGGAGCAGGAGGUCUGGACUCUGACUUCUUCGGACAUCUCAAACGCAACUGGAUCUGGACCAGUCAUCUGAUGAGAACCAAGAGGAGCAACAAACAGUAUGAGUCCAGUAACACAGUGAGACUGAAGAGUCUACUGAGCAAACAUCUGGCCAUGGAUAUAGGUCCUAAGUUCCCCGGGCCCCUGUCCUCUAAGCAGGGGGUCCCAGCAGGGUUGAGGGUGGAGGAGGAAGUGGUCCAUAUCGCCACUGAGUCCUCCAAUAGGAACCAGCUGGUUAAAGGAGGGAAGAAGCAGAGGAGGAAGAGAACCAUCAAACAGAAAAAGCUGGUCAAAACACCACGCAAGAAGAAGAAAGUAGAGGAGGUUAAGAAGCGUACCCCAGUCCAUGAUGAAGCAGACCAUAAAGCUCUGACUAUGAUGACCAGACGGAGAGUAACAUGGAGCGUCAGGGAGGACUCUGUUCUCAUCCUCUGUAGAGUCGCUUCACACUUCCUCAACCGCAAGCUACGCAGGCCCUUUGUUCCAUGGUGUGUAGUGAGGGAUCUGCUCCAUGCAGAGUUUGAAGAGUCUCUGGAUAAAACCUCUCCGUCUGUCGGACGACGAUCACGUUACAUACUGAAGAACCCACAGACAUACCUAAACUACAACUGUGUUUGUCCUGUAGGAUCUGUCUUGGAGGUGUACCAGGACAAGCCUCUGAUAGUGAACCUACAGGGAAGGAAACACGACCCCAACGACCCCAAGGAGUGUUCUACAGUGUUCCAGGAGUUUGUGUCGUUACUCAGACAGAAGUUCAGCUCCGCCUCCGGAUCCUGUGAUGUCACCAUCCCUGACACCAAGACACAGCUGUUCUCACGGUUUAAGGUGUACACCCUAGAGGACAUGUCAGAUGAGAACACCAAGGACACUCUCAACAGUAUUGAGGACAUCCACUCCCUGGUGUUGAACAAUCUGAUCCAGAGCACGUUGGCCAUGUCCAACUCUCAGAUGAAAUGCUGCCGAUCCUUCCAGACCUUCCAUACCUACAGUAGGUACCGUCAGGAGGUUCUGUGUCAGGUGUUUGUCCAGUGUAGGAAGAAGGGAUUGGUCAACAGACGAAGGAUCAGUCAACUGUGUGGCCCAAAUAAGAACCGUGCCCUACCCAUCCUGCCCAUGUCUUACCAACUGUCUCAGAGUUACUACAGGUGUUUUACAUGGCGUCUGCCCACAGGUCUGUGUACAGAGGUGUUUGACUUCAUGCAGGGCUUGAGAGAGAAUGGGACUGGAGACAACCACCCUACCACUGUCUUCAUACACGAAGGACAGGAGAAAGAGAUGGAGAAAAAAAGGAGAGAGAGUUUGGAGAAAGAGAGAGGGGAGGAGAGUUUGGAGAAAGAGAGAAAAGAGAGAGGGGAGGAGAGUUUGAAGAAAGAGAGAGGGGAGGAGAGUUUGGAGAAAGAGAGAGUGGAGGAGGACAACACAGCCCACAACCAGAACCAAGAGGAAGAACAGUUAUUGUCUUUUACCAUCCAUGGAGCUGAGUCUACCUCCAAGGACCCUGCCUCCCGUCCUCUCCCCCAGACGGAGCAGCCUGAGUCGGGUACUGCACCCGGCCUUGACCCCUCUCUCCCUCUAGAUAUCCAGGAGAUGUUGCAGUUCCCUCUGGAGUCCCCGGGGGGCGCCACUCUGGCCUGUCUCAGUCUGAUGACUCUGGGUCUGCUGUCUGUCCACGUCUCCAUACCUGAACACAUAGUGGUGUUGGACAGUACCAUGGUGGACAAUGAGGUGGUCAAGAGUAUCUCAGUGCUGGCUGAGGAUGAUGAUGAUGAAGAGGUGGAGGAUAGCGAGGGGCGGAGGGGGAUGGAGGUGAGGGCUCACAAGGCGUCCCACACCAAGUACCUGAUGAUGCGUGGAUACUGCGUUCCCGGGAUCGUCAACCUCCGAAACCUCAACACCAACGAUAGUAUCGUGGUGGAGUCCUGCACCAUGAGACUGCAGCUACGCCACACACCUGGACACACACUGUUUAUUACCCAGGACUCUCCUCCCCUAGACUUCUCCAGACAGGGUACCUCUCUCCUCCCCUCCUUACUCACCCAUUCCCUCAGUGCCCAUCCCCCCUCCUCCCCUUCUCCCUCCUCCUCCCCCCUCCCCUCCUCCCCCUCCUCCUCUGUAGAGGGGUGUGAGGGGCGUCUGGUGACUCAGAGAGGGUAUAACCCAGAGGACAUUGGGGCUGUGGCAGAGCUCAGAGCAACGCUGGAGAGACACGGAGCCUUCGGAUUGGACAGACAGGACCUGGUGACAUCACACACACACCUGGCCGAGCCCAGAGACGGGCGUACUAGAGGGCUGGAGCAGUACAUACAGGACCUGCUGGAGGAAGAGCUGGUGUUGGAGGUGGGAGGGAGCUCAGUGCGUCUGGUGUUGUUGAGUCACGCUGAGCCCUGGCUACUGACCUCCACCGAGAGGCAGAGAGACCGGCCCCACCGAGGGGCCUCCGUCCCGGGGGACAGAGAGCACCACAACCCCCUCCUCCGCAAGAGAACCAUGGAGGCCCCCAGAGAGAAGGAACCACGGAGGAAGAGAGAGAAAAGAGAAAUGGUGAUGGAGGAAGAGGAGGUUGAGAAGAGUGGAGAGAGGACACCUGAGGAAGAAGAGGAGGAGGAGGAGGAGGGGAAGACGAUACAGCCUAAAGAGAAAGACAGGAAUGAGACAGCGGAGGAGAGAGGGACGGAGAGAAGAGAGGAGUUAGAAGGAGAGAGGGACGGAGAGGAACCAUCAUCUACCACUGAGACAGAACAGAGCACAGAGGGCGACGGUGGAGAAGCCAUCUUCAUCUGUAGCUGAGGAAGAUGAUGGUGAAGCGAGCGGUCUGCGUGAGGAAGAGGAUGGUAGCAGCGGUAACAGCGGGCGCAGUGGGAGUGACGUGUCGUUCAUCAGUCGUCCGUGGCGUAUCGUGGACGGCAGUCUGAACAGUCCGGUGUGUAAAGGCAUGUUGGAGGCUGUUCUGUACCAUAUCAUGACCCGACCCGGUUUACCAGAACACACCUUACUGGAACACUACAGAGGAGUCCUGCAGCCUGUGGUGGUGCUGGACCUAGUGCAGGCCCUGGUAGAGUUGGGCUGUAUUAAGAGGAGGUACGUGAGCAGACGUCCAAAACCCUCCCUCUUCUCCUGCCCAGCCACCUUCCUGGUGGAGGAGGAGAGGGCGAGAGAGACAGGGGUGAGGCUGGGGGAGACUGCGGUAAGACCGGCUGAGACGACCACUGUGUUCUACGAGCCGACCAUCGACUGCUGUCUGCGUCUAGGACAGGUUUUCCCCCAUGAAAACAACUGGAACCAGUGGAUCCAAUUCGCACAACAUGAGAACAAACAGUAGGGAGUUUUAACUGAUCCGGGGUGUAUUCUUUAGCGCACACCGUAGUGAAACUUUUUAGGCCGUAGCAAAACAUUUUGCAACUGAAAAA